CAAGGUUAGAUAUAUGUAUUUUAAUCAGUCGGCGUUGCCCUCUUCACGCCAGAGGGACGUUCACGGAUCUGGCUGAUUUACUUAAAGACUCAUUACAAUAUUCACCAUGGCUUCUUCAAUGCUGAAAUUAAUUAAAACAGAAUCACAGCUGGUUCUCCGUAGGAGAUAUAGCAGCGCAGCCCCCACAACGAAGCUGUUCAUUGAUGGACAGUAUGUGGAGUCCAAAACCAACAACUGGAUUGAGCUCACAAACCCUGCUACAAACGAAGUUAUUGGCAGAGUACCAGAAGCCACAAAGGAUGAGUUAAAUGCCGCCUUGGAGUCAGCGAAGAACGCUUACAAAUCAUGGAGCCAAAGCACCAUCAUGACCAGACAACAACUGUUGUUCAGGUUCGCCCGUCUACUAAGAGACAACCAGAGCAAACUGGCCGCCAAGAUCACGGAGGAGCAGGGCAAGACCCUGGCUGAUGCUGAAGGCGACGUUCUUAGAGGCAUCCAGUCCGUAGAGAACAGUUGCAGCAUAACAACCCUCCAGCUAGGAGACUGCAUCCAGAACAUAGCCAAGGACAUGGACACACACAGCUACAAAGUGCCCUUGGGUGUUGUAGGAGGAGUGGCCGCCUUCAACUUCCCCGUGAUGAUUCCUCUGUGGAUGUUCCCCACUGCGAUAGCUACAGGCAACACAGCCAUCAUCAAGCCUUCGGAACAGGACCCCGGCGCGACCGUCAUGAUGAUGGAACUCCUUAACGAAGCUGGAGCGCCCCCUGGCAUCGUCAAUGUGAUCCACGGAACCCACGACGCGGUGAACUUCCUGUGCGACGAGCCCGACAUCAAGGCGGUCUCGUUUGUGGGCGGGGACGCCGCCGGGAAACACAUCUACACUAGGGCCUCAGCCGCUGGUAAGCGAGUCCAGAGCAACAUGGGCGCUAAGAACCACGGCGUGAUAAUGCCGGACGCCAACAAGGAGCACACCCUCAACCAGCUCGCGGGCGCCGCCUUCGGGGCCGCCGGCCAGCGCUGCAUGGCGCUCAGUACUGCUGUGUUUGUUGGCGAAGCUAAGGAAUGGAUCCCAGACUUAGUUGCCCGUGCGCAAGCGUUGAAGGUUAAUGCUGGUCACAUCCCCGCCACCGAUGUAGGACCCGUUAUCUCCAUCAAGGCCAAAGAAAGGAUCUUGAGGCUCGUUGAAUCAGGUGUUAAGGAAGGCGCCAAAUUGGUUCUCGACGGUCGCGGCGUCAAGGUCCCUGGCUUUGAGAAGGGCAACUUCGUCGGCCCCACCAUCCUUACUGACGUCAGUACCAAUAUGGAGUGCUACAAGGAGGAAAUCUUUGGACCCGUACUUAUCUGCCUCUUCGUCGACACAUUAGACGAUGCCAUCAAAAUGAUCAACUCCAACCCCUACGGUAACGGAACCGCCAUCUUCACGACUAACGGGGCUACAGCCCGCAAGUUCGCCAACGAAAUCGAUGUCGGUCAAGUCGGUGUGAACGUGCCCAUCCCUGUUCCCUUGUCCAUGUUCUCGUUCACCGGCUCCCGAGGCAGUUUCCUCGGCACCAACCACUUCUGCGGCAAACAAGGAAUUGACUUCUUCACUGAACUGAAAACCGUUGUGUCUUUCUGGAGACAGAGUGACGUAUCACACACAAAGGCCGCCGUAUCCAUGCCCACACAACAGUAAAUGUAAUAAAACUUGUUAUUUUUAUACUUUUAUAGACGUAAGCGAAUGUCAACGCAUUUAUUUUUAUAAUGUCAAAUCUAUGCAAUUAUCAAUAAGUCUUCCAUAUACAUAUUUAAGAGAGGUAUUUAUUUUUAUAUUGUUAUCAAAAUCACAAAAAUAUAACAUUUUAUAAAAA